AACGCGUUGGCUGAAGAAGCCGGAAGCGGGAGUGCGGGAGGCCGGAAGUUGAUGGGGUGACAUGGCGGUGGCACAGUAGAGAAGGGGGAGCCGAGGGGUGAGCGGGGUGGCCGAGGCAGGGACGGAUAGGGAGGUCACUGUCGGCCCCGAGGUGGAACGACCGCGUCGUGAGUGCCCGGGCUGAGGGAGGAGUGGUGCCGUGUGUGGGCCCGGUGGGUUCGAGCGGGCGUCGUGGUGGGGGAGGGCAGGGUAGGGCAGGGCCAGGCCCGGUCUCUCCUCGUUCUCUCCCAUCGCCUUUCGCCGCCUGUUCGCUGCAGGAGCAUCGCCUGGUCCCUCCCGAGGGAAGUAGCGGGGCGGCGGGGUAGAUGGUAGCUCCUAAGGACAAGGGCUAGUUGUCCAAAAAGUUGCUCGUCUUAAGUAAACACUUUGAAUGUGUUCUGAGUUUCCGGGCAGGACGCAGUUGAACAGCCCUUUGUUUUGCCGAUGAUGGAUGAAGAGAGUCUGGAAGCUGCCAUCCAGACCUACAACGCGCAGCUGCAGCAGGUGGAGCUGGCGCUGGGGGCUGGCCUGGACCCCUCGCAGCAGUCGGACUUGAUUCAGUUGCAGGAGGAUUUAAAGCAGCUGAUAGAACUGACCGAGUCCAGCCUGGUGUCUGUUAAAAAGAGCAAACUCUUGGCUACUUUAGAUCCAAAUGCCUCCUCCUCCUCCUCCCUAGCAGGUCUGGAGUCGGGCACCACCCCAGACAGUUCUGCCCAAGAUGAGGAAUAUGCGGCUUUUAAGGAAGCGAUUGCUGAGCUGGGAACUGAUGAGAAACUUUCAGCUAAUAAUGAUGUGAUAUCUAAAAAAGAUGAUGAUGAAACUGAUGACAAAUGCGAAUCGAAGUACAAUGAAGAGGAGGAGGACCCUGACAGAGAGGAGGAGGGGGAGGAGGAACUGAGUGGGAUGAAGGUGAAAGCCCCUUACUACAGUUCGUGGGGGACCCUGGAGUACCAUAACGCCAUGAUCGUGGGGAUGGAGGAGCUGGAGGACGGCAGCGCGGGGGUCCGAGUGCUGUAUCUCUACCCCACUCACAAGUCUCUCAAGCCGUGUCCUUUCUUCCUGGAUGACAAGUGCAGAUUUAAAGAGAACUGUCGGUUUUCACACGGCCAGGUGGUCGCUGUGGAGGAACUUCAGCCGUUCCAAGAGCCCGACCUGAGCGCGCUGGGCGUGGGCUCAGCCUGCCUGGCCAAACACAGCGACGGGAUCUGGUACACGGCCAAAAUAACCGACAUCGACAGUGGUUACUACACGGUGAAGUUUGAUUCCCUGCUGCUCAAGGAAGCUGUGGUGGAAGGAGACAGCAUCAUUCCCCCGCUGCGCAGUGAUGACGGUGCCUCGUCUGCAGAGUCUGACGAGGACAGCGUCGAUGAUUCGGGUUACGCUAAAGUGAUAGAUUCGGGAGUUCCAGAGAACGGGGAAUGGACUCCCGCGUGCAGCUCCUCUUUCGGGGGCUGGGAAGCCCAUACCCGUGGUAUUGGCUCCAAACUCCUUGUUCGGAUGGGAUACGAGUUUGGGAAAGGGUUAGGGAAGAAUUGCGAUGGCCGAGUGGAGCCGGUGCAGGCUGUGGUGCUUCCUCGAGGGAAAUCCCUCGACCAGUGCGCUGAGGUGCUGCAGAAGAAGAAACUGGGAAAGCUGGACCCAGGCAAAUCGGGGAAAUGCCGAGCAAAGGGAAACAGCUCCGGACGGUCCCCUGUGGGCGGCCGUAAGCCUCCCCGCAACGUGUUUGACUUUUUGAAUGAGAAACUGCGCGGGAAGAGCGCUGGGGAGAAGGCUGGAGGGACAGCACUGCCUGCGAGGAGCAGCAAAGAGAUCUACCGUGCCAGCAAGAGCAGCAGGAAGGCCCUGAGCGUCCGACUCCUCCAGACAGCGGAGAAGAUUGAACAAACGCAGAGGGAUAUCAUAGGGAUCCAGCAGGCCCUGGAACGCAACUUUGGACGACACAGCGUUGCUGCAGCUCGGCUGGAGGAGAAGCUGGCAAAUGCACACAAGCAGCUGGGGCAGCUGCAGGCACAGGAGGCCAGUCUGCAGCGGGAGCAGGAGAAAGCCGACACGCACAAGAAGAUGACGGAGUUCUGAUCUCUGACGAAAGCGUUUGACCGCGGGGAUGGUCCCUGUAGCUGUGGCCUUGGAGCCUGGCUGAGACAUCCUGCUCCUCUGGGUGCCUCAGGCUGCCCAGCCUGAAAACUGGGCUGAAAAGCAGCAGUUUCUAAAAGAAGGUGGUUCUGAGCUCUGUGGCGAGGAGCACACAGCCACCCAGCCUGAAAGUCUUCAGUGAGCCUGGGCCUCGUGGAAGAACCAGCUCCAAGAAACAGGAUUCUCUGUUCUCUCGCGCACUCUUCCCUCUGUUACCGCUGCUGUGGCACCUCCAUCCCGAGCACGUAGCUACUUGGGUGGUACCACUGGUGGUACAAACCAGCUGGGGGGGCUCCCAGUGCCCCACAUCCUGCCAGCACCUGUGGCUUGUGUUUGCCACCAACUGCCAUCGCAGGCGAGGCAGAGUCCCCAGCACAUCCCAACAAAGCAGAAGAGGCUCAUGCUGGGUGAAAACAACAAAGGCAAAUUGCUUCAGCUGCUCUCUGCCUUCUGGUUUUUGCUGUGGGGUUUAUCUGAGAACUCCAUUAUUUGGGGGAGCGGUUCCUUGUAGCCCUAGAAUAGGCAGAAAACGGGCAGCGUGGAGGUGGGUACGAGCAGCCUCGAGCAUCCGAUUUCAUCACUUUGACUGUCAGAGCAUCCCCGGGAUGUGCUGGAGCCCAGCUGCUUGGUAUGGGAAGCUGCGUGAUUCUGUGAGUGCCAAAGGUGGGGGAAUAAGCAGAGUAGCAGAUUCCCAAACCUCCUGGCCAGGAGCAACCACACAGGGAACCUGGUGAUUUUUGCCAUGGUUAUGUGAGUGUUUCUGCCUUGGGUGGCUCACUGAACACAGGUCCUUUGAUUCAAAAUCCUCAGGACGCAGAUGCAGGUGAGAGUUGCCCCCGAUGGGUGCGGAGAUGGGGUCCGUGUGUGCAGUCCCUCCCCGCAGAGCUCCAGGCUCUGCUGGCAGCAGCAAGUCCCAUUCCCUGCGGUGGGACAGUCCUUGGCCAGGAGGGAUGGCUUCUCCCCAAGGGUCAAUUCUGCAUUGGUGGCAGCCAGCCCUUGUCCCAGAGGAGGUGGUGGUUUCAUCAGACUCUGGUUCUGGUUGGACUUGUGUAUUGUAGGUACUUUUAAAAAAAAAAAAAAUUGUUUGCGAUUUCAUGCCAGUAUCUUAAAGACACAUAUUUUUCUUUAUCUAAGAAAUCAAUUUCCUUUUAUUCUGUGAAUCAUUUUUCUAAUGAAAAGUUUUGCUCCUUUGGUACCACUUUUUUUUUAAUCUGUUCCUAAGAAACUUCUAAAGCUGUUGGCCUGGGCUGCACCUCCUCGUAGGGUCAGGCUGCCAAACUCGCCAGAAGAGGUGGAAGAAGAUACGAUCGGAGUUGUUCAUGUCAUGUGGGAUUUCGCAUGGCUGCAGACACACCUCAGCAAACCCAGGCGGGCAGGAAAAGAGAACAAGAUGAAUGUCUGCAGGAAAGGUGCUGAAGUGAGUCCUGGAAAGCCCCCGUGGCUCAGCGUGGAUGUGAGAGGUGCUGUGAGCUGCCUCGAGCGCUUCAGCAUCUAUUGGGUUGUAACUAAAUUAAUCGCACUGUCUUAAUUGUUCUAAUUUGUGUUCUCCACACACUGGGCUUAACUGUAGGGUUAACCAGCUCAGUGUCCUUCACGUGCAGGUGACUGUGUGUUCCCCACACUCGAGUGCUGAUGAGGAUUCAUGUGCCCGGCUCAGCACAGGCACUCUCUGUCUUGGUUUCGUUUGUUCUCUGACGCUGUUUAACAUCAUUGUCUCUGUAAAAAUUGGGUGUAUUAGCCCUGUGCCUUGGCAAAGUUGUAUAUUGACCCUUCCUUGGGAUUUCCACAGCCUCACUUGUCAGACCCUGAUCCGAAUGGCUCCUGCCUCCCACCCAGGACAGUUCACAUCCCUGGUGAAUAAAGCUGGUUUUUAUUUUUUCCCUC